AUAUCGUACGGUACACAUACCGUACCGUACGUACAAAUUCCUGCUGUAAACAAAUAAGUUACGUACGUACGUACCUUCGCAAGGUGUCACAUGGAGUCCAAGUUCCAAGUCGAUCGAAAAUCGAAAUCGAAAUCAAAAUCAAAAAUCACAAAUCACAAACCAAAGCAAAAACCACGGGUAGAAACAACGUGACAAUUCGAAGACAGCAUCAUUGGUUCUUGUCAUCCUCCCGGAAACGAGCACGAACCGAACACUGGACAAGUAGCAGUAGCGGCAACAACAAAAUCAACAGCAGCAGACAACACCGCAAUAGCCGCCGGUCGAUUUGAAACCUGUUCCAUUCGGUGCGACAAGGUGCAAUACCGUGCGAUACGUGCCAUGCCCAGCUCCACCGGUGUGACACGCCAACGAUCCUUCUUUCUCCCUUUGCUCCUAGUGCUGGCUUCGUGCCUUUCGCCGGCCCUUUCCUUGCUGUCCCUCCCGGCCACCACCACCAUUGCUUCUUGUAGAACCGCCAUGGAACUGGCGGCAGCGGAACCGAACACGGCACCCGGGGAGCCCCCCCGCGGAACUGCGGCGCCUUCCUUUAAGGUCCUCGGCGUCUGCGGGGGGAUCGGGUCGGGCAAGAGCACGGCCUGCAAGCUUCUGGUCUCGUCCUGCGGGUGCCUCGCGCACAUCGACGCCGACAAGGUCGCCCACUCCGUCUACGCACCGGGAUCGAGGGCCGUCGAGGACGUGGCGGCACGCUUCGGGGAGGGCGUCCUGAAGAACGGAGGGAAAGGCGAUGUUUGCGAGCCCAGGGAGAUCGACCGGAAGCAGCUCGGGGCCAUUGUCUUUGCGGACCGGUCCGCGAUGGCCGACCUGGAAAAGAUCGUCUGGCCCCACGUGGGGGCGGCGAUCGGGGACACCAUCGGGAAACUACGGGAGGAAUGGGAGCGCAGCGGCGGAACGGCGGACGAACCAGGCGGCAGGCUCCCGGUGGUGGUCCUGGAGGCCGCCGUCCUCCUCGACGCCGGCUGGGAGGACCUGGCGGACGGGGUCUGGGCGGUCACCGUCCCGAGGGAGGACGCCCUUCGUCGUCUGAUCGAGUCCCGGGGCCUGUCGGAGGCCGAGGCCGCCAAACGGAUCGAUGCGCAGGCUUCGUGCCGGGGGAUCGGGAACGUCCCCGAGGAGGUCGCCGCCGGGGCCGUCACGGGCGUAGUGGCCAACGAUGGGAGCCUUUCCGACCUGGAGCGGGUGCUCCGAGAAUCCCUGGAGGACCCCUCCUUCUGGAAGCCGGCGAAAGAGCCCUGCUGACGAGCAACGGGGGACGGCAUUGCGCAACAAACAGAUCCGGGCCCACUCCCGGCCUUUUAAAAACACCUAGUCGAAUUGUAUUGCUACCAAGACGAUCCCUAGUGCAAUAGAUUACGAGUGCAUAG